AACCCACGAAGAAUCACCCGUAAAUCGUAAUAACUUCCUUUCGCGCGACCAAUCGAAGGCACUCUGGUAGGUGAUCUCUUUCGUGCUCCGGUUAGGUUAGGAAUUGGAUUGAGGUCUGUGUUUGAAUGGGAGCCUGCUACUGCAAUGGCAUCAAGGCCGUGAGUCCUUUUCAUAGCGACCAAUGUCUUUAGGUGGCUCGCUUGAUUCUGCUAGUCUUUAAACAGGAAUAGUCUGAUGGAAGAUGCAGAGAAGUUGACCAGAAAUGGUGAACGGGGCCUCAUAUUUGACAAGUCAAAUGGGGUGCUAGAUCAAACUUCCAGUCCUUUAAGAAGGGAAGCAAUGAACAGAUCAUCAUUUACAAUGAAGUCCCAUGAAAACGAUGAAAUUGACUUGGAAGGUGGUAAGUCGCCAAAGGAUAGAGAUAAAGCAACUCGCAGUAACAAAGUAGUCAAAUUACACAAUCAGGCCUUGCUGUCUGGAAUUGCAUAUUGCAUUUCCUCCUGCAGUAUGAUAUUGGUCAAUAAGUUUGUGCUUUCCAGCUAUGAUUUCAAUGCUGGGAUUUUCUUGAUGCUGUACCAGAAUCUUAUAUCGGUGAUUAUAGUGUCAAUGUUGAGUUUUAUGGGUCUUAUAUCAACAGAACCACUAACAUGGAGAUUAAUAAAGGUCUGGUUGCCCGUGAAUGUUUUAUUUGUUGGGAUGCUCAUUACAAGCAUGCUAAGUUUGAAAUACAUUAAUGUAGCCAUGGUCACAGUCCUAAAGAAUGUUACAAACGUAAUAACUGCACUUGGAGAGAUGUAUCUAUUUAACAAGCACCAUGACAACAGAGUCUGGACUGCUCUAUUUCUAAUGAUCAUUUCGGCAAUUUCUGGGGGGAUCACCGAUCUAUCUUUUCAUGCUGUUGGCUAUGCAUGGCAGAUUUUGAAUUGUUUCUUAACAGCAUCAUAUUCUCUGACUCUACGCAAGGUCAUGGAUACAGCAAAGCUAGUAACAAAAUCUGGGAACUUGAACGAGUUUUCAAUGGUGAUGUUAAAUAACACACUUUCACUGCCUCUGGGGAUUAUUCUCAUGUUUGCUUUCAAUGAGGUGGAUUAUCUAUCCAGAACACUGCUGUUGAGGUUGCCCACCUUCUGGUUAGUGAUGACAUUGAGUGGAUUUCUGGGCCUGGCAAUUAGCUUCACUUCUAUGUGGUUUCUUCAUCAGACAGGGGCCACAACUUACAGCCUUGUGGGGUCAUUGAAUAAGAUCCCUCUGUCUGUUGCCGGCAUCCUUCUUUUCCAUGUUCCUACAAGCUUGGAGAAUGCCACAAGCAUCUUUUUUGGACUUCUAGCAGGAGUAUUCUUUGCUAGAGCCAAAUUGCGGGAAAGAUCUCAGCCUGAAAAGUAGUGACUACACUAUGAAUUUGUUGUAUACUUGUCGUGCCUGCCAAAAUAUUUCAGUUACAGGGGCGAGAGGGAAUGGAGCAGUGUGAGGUCGCUAAGAUCAGUCAAAACUUUUAGAAAUGUUGUCAUUUAAAACAUUUCUUUUUCUUUGUUUGAGCAUCUCCUUCCACCUGCAUGUAUGUAUCCAAGUGGGAUAAAACCCGGAGCCUUACCUACCCCAUUUUGUAUACAAAAUGUUGGCAGACAUUCAUAGAAUGUUUCAUUUUCUUAUUUUGUUUGCUUUGUAAUGAACAUCCAGUGUUAUGUACCAUUUUAAAUUAGGUUUUCUUAAUAUUUUCCAGGAUAAAAAAAUUAUUGUCUACCCAAGCAAAUGGUACAUUGGUUAAGUU